AUGUCCACCCCGGACCCUCCCAUGGGAGGCAACCCCCGCCCAGGUCCAUCCCCUGGUCCAGGUCCCUCCCCUGGGGCACUGUUGGGCCCCAGCCCUGGUCCUUCCCCAGGUUCCACUCACAGCAUGAUGGGACCCAGUCCUGGUCCUCCUUCUUCUGGCCUCUCUCAGCCGGGCCCGUCUGGCUACAGCCAGGACAGUGUUCACCCACUGCACAAACCCAUGGAGGGCAUGCUUGAGAAGAGCAUGAGUGAGGAGAGUCGCUUCAGUCAAAUGAAGGGUCUGUCAGUGAGGCCGGGCGGGCACACUGGAAUGGGUCCACCACCCAGUCCCUUGGACCAACACUCACAAGGUUAUCAUUCUCCAUUAGGUGGUUCUGAUCAUUCCAGUCCAGUUCCUUCCAACGGUCCUCCAUCUGGACCUCUACUUCCAUCCUCCUCUUCAUCUUCCUCUUCAAUUGGCCCCGGCUCUGCCUCCACAGCUUUAGAAGGCCCCUGCGGAGACCAGCACUCUUUGGGCCCCAGCCACCGCUCUGGACCACUCAGCGGUUCGGGGCCAGGACCUAGCCCUGGACCUAGCCUAAGCUCCACAGUCCCCACCCUCGUGUCAGGUCUUGAAUCCGGUGGUCUUUCUGGACCCGCUGGCCCCGGGAGUCCUACUCCUUUCAACCAGGGCCAACUGCACCAACUCAGAGCUCAGAUCAUGGCCUACAAGAUGCUUGCCCGGGGUCAGCCCUUACCAGACCACCUCCAGAUGGCCGUCCAAGGGAAAAGACCUAUGCCUGGCAUGCAGCAACCCAUGGCAAGCUUGGGUCCGGGAGGUGGACCACCAGGACCAAUGAGUUCAGGCUACAGUCGAGCUCACGGAAUGAUGGGUCCUACUAUGCCUCCACCAGGUCCAUCAGGUGCAGCAGCUGGGAUGCAAGGCCAAAACCACAACGGUCCACCAAAGUCUUGGCCAGAAGCAGCACCGUCCAGCGCUCCCCAAAAGCUGAUCCCCCCUCAGCCCACUGGACGACCCUCACCCGCUCCCCCCUCGGUGCCCCCCGCAGCCUCCCCCGUCAUGCCUCCGCAGACGCAGUCACCGGGACAGCCGGCACAGCCGCCUCCCAUGAUGCCUUACCACAACAAGCAGAGCCGCAUCACCCCAAUACAAAAGCCCUGUGGCCUGGACCCUGUGGAGAUUCUGCAGGAGAGGGAAUACAGAUUGCAGGCUCGCAUCACACAUCGCAUCGCAGAGCUGGAGAACCUGCCAGGUUCUCUGGCUGGAGAUUUACGAACUAAAGCCACUAUAGAACUCAAAGCACUCCGACUGCUUAACUUCCAGAGACAGCUGCGACAGGAGGUGGUGGUGUGUAUGCGACGUGACACGGCUCUAGAAACGGCGCUGGAUGCCAAGGCCUACAAACGCAGCAAACGCCAAAGCUUGCGAGAGGCUCGCAUUACAGAGAAACUGGAGAAACAGCAAAAGAUUGAACAAGAACGCAAGCGCAGGCAGAAGCACCAGGAGUAUCUCAACAGCAUCCUUCAACAUGCCAAAGACUUCAAGGAGUACCAUCGAUCCAUCACAGGCAAAAUCCAAAAGCUGACCAAAGCUGUGGCGACCUACCACGCCAACACCGAACGGGAGCAAAAGAAGGAGAAUGAGCGCAUUGAGAAAGAGCGAAUGAGGAGACUUAUGGCUGAAGACGAGGAAGGCUACCGCAAACUGAUCGACCAGAAAAAGGACAAGCGCUUGGCCUACCUUCUGCAGCAGACUGAUGAGUAUGUGGCCAACCUCACCGAACUGGUCCGCGCGCACAAGGCUGCGCAGGCCCUUAAGGAGAAGAAGAAGAAGAAAAAGAAGAAGAAGAAGUUGGAGAGUCCUGAGGGACAGACUCCAGCUCUGGGGCCUGAUGGAGAGCCUCUGGAUGAGACGAGUCAGAUGAGCGACCUUCCUGUAAAGGUCAUCCACGUGGACAGCGGCAACAUCUUGACCGGGGUGGACGCUCCUAAGGCGGGACAGUUGGAGACAUGGCUGGAGAUGAACCCUGGUUAUGAGGUGGCCCCACGCUCGGACAGUGAAGACAGUGAGGAUGAAGAGGAGGAAGAGGAAGAAGAGGAGGACCAUCAUUCUUCGUCUGCAACAACAGAAGAAAAAAAGAAGAUAAGUGACCCUGACAGUGAAGACGUGUCAGAGGUAGACGUGCGACACAUUAUCGAGAACGCCAAACAGGAUGUGGAUGACGAGUAUAGUGGUGCAGCGUUUGCAAGGGGACUUCAGUCUUACUACGCUGUAGCUCAUGCCGUCACCGAAAAGGUGGAAAAGCAGUCAACUUUAUUGGUAAACGGACAACUCAAACAGUAUCAGAUUAAAGGUCUGGAGUGGCUGGUGUCACUGUACAACAACAACCUCAACGGCAUUUUGGCUGAUGAAAUGGGUCUGGGCAAAACCAUCCAGACGAUUGCACUCAUCACGUACCUCAUGGAGCACAAGCGGCUCAAUGGACCCUACCUCAUCAUCGUGCCCCUCUCGACCCUUUCAAACUGGGUGUACGAGUUUGACAAGUGGGCACCAACAGUUGUUAAAGUGUCCUAUAAGGGUUCACCGGCUGCUAGAAGAGCUUUUGUCCCACAGUUGCGUAGUGGCAAAUUUAAUGUUCUCCUCACCACCUAUGAGUACAUUAUCAAAGACAAGCAAGUCCUGGCUAAGAUCCGCUGGAAGUACAUGAUCGUAGAUGAAGGACACCGGAUGAAAAACCACCACUGUAAGCUGACGCAGGUUCUGAACACACACUACUUGGCGCCGAGGCGAGUUCUGCUGACUGGCACGCCGCUGCAGAACAAGCUCCCUGAGUUGUGGGCUCUUCUCAACUUCCUCCUGCCCACCAUUUUUAAGAGCUGCAGCACCUUCGAACAGUGGUUCAAUGCCCCUUUUGCAAUGACUGGAGAGAAGGUGGAUCUCAACGAAGAAGAGACCAUCUUGAUCAUUCGUCGUCUUCACAAAGUGCUCCGUCCAUUCUUGUUGCGUAGGUUGAAGAAAGAAGUGGAGGCUCAGCUUCCAGAGAAGGUGGAAUACGUGAUCAAGUGUGACAUGUCAUCUCUCCAGCGAGUGCUCUACAGACACAUGCAGGCCAAAGGCGUGCUGCUGACCGAUGGCUCUGAGAAAGACAAGAAGGGCAAAGGAGGCACCAAGACGUUGAUGAACACCAUCAUGCAGUUGAGGAAGAUUUGUAACCAUCCAUAUAUGUUCCAGCAGAUUGAGGAAUCCUUCUCAGAACAUUUAGGCUUUUCUGGCGGAAUAGUACAAGGCCCUGACCUAUAUCGAGCAUCGGGAAAAUUCGAGGUGUUGGAUCGGAUCCUCCCCAAACUGCGGGCGACAAACCAUAAAGUGCUGCUCUUCUGUCAGAUGACCUCACUCAUGACUAUCAUGGAGGACUACUUUGCCUACCGUAGCUUUAAGUAUCUGCGUCUGGAUGGUACUACAAAGGCUGAAGACAGAGGAAUGUUACUAAAGACCUUCAACGAUGCCGAGUCUGAAUAUUUCAUUUUCCUCCUGAGCACUCGAGCGGGAGGCCUAGGACUCAACUUGCAGUCUGCCGAUACUGUCAUCAUCUUUGACUCGGAUUGGAACCCACACCAGGACCUGCAAGCCCAGGACAGAGCUCACCGCAUUGGCCAACAAAACGAGGUGCGCGUGCUGCGCCUGUGCACGGUCAACAGUGUCGAGGAGAAGAUUUUGGCUGCCGCGAAGUACAAACUGAACGUAGACCAAAAGGUGAUCCAGGCCGGCAUGUUCGACCAGAAGUCGUCCAGCCAUGAGCGCAGGGCCUUCCUCCAAGCCAUUUUGGAGCAUGAAGAGCAGGACGAAGUCUGGGGACAAGACGUGUGUCUACGGUUGAAUGAAGAGGACGAAGUUCCUGACGACGAGACGGUCAACCAAAUGAUCGCCAGAAGCGAAGAGGAGUUUGAUCAGUUUAUGCGCAUGGAUUUGGACCGCCGGCGUGAGGAAGCCCGCAACCCUCGGCGUAAGCCUCGUCUAAUGGAGGAGGACGAGUUGCCUACCUGGAUCAUGAAGGAUGACGCUGAAGUUGAGCGACUCACCUGCGAGGAAGAGGAGGAAAAAAUGUUUGGACGAGGUUCCCGCCAGCGGAAGGAGGUUGACUACAGCGAUUCAUUGACGGAGAAGCAAUGGCUCAAGCAGGCCAUCGAGGAGGGCACGCUGGAGGAGGUGGAGGAGGAAGUGCGGCACAAGAAGACCACUCGAAAGAGGAAACGGGAUCGGGAUCUGGACCUCCCUGUGCCCUCAUGCUCUUCAGGAGGAAGAGGACGAGGAGACAAAGAUGACGAUGCAAAGAGGCAGCGAAAAAGGGGGAGACCACCUGUUGAGAAGAUAUCGCCCAAUCCUCCUGCCCUCAACAAGAAGAUGAAGAAGAUCAUCGAUGGUGUUAUCAGAUACAAAGAUGGUGCAAGUGGACGUCAACUCAGCGAGGUGUUCAUUCAAUUACCAUCUCGCAAGGAGUUGCCCGAAUAUUAUGAGCUGAUUCGCAAACCAGUGGACUUCAGGAAGAUCAAGGAGAGAAUUCGAGGUCACCGCUACCGCAGCCUUGCCGACCUGGAGAGAGACAUCAUGCUGCUUUUCCAGAAUGCACAAACCUUCAACCUCGAGGGAUCACUGAUAUACGAGGACUCCAUCGUGCUUCAAUCGGUCUUCACCAGCCUGAGGCAAAAAAUCGAAAAGGAGGAGGAGAGCGAGGGUGAGUACAGCGAGGAAGAAGAGGACGAGCAAGAUGACGGUUCAGAGUCUGAAUCCCGUUCGGUCAAAGUCAAGAUCCGACUGGGCAAGAAGGAGCGAGGCGGCGAUCGAGGGAAAGGACGCAGCAGACGAUCGGGACGCACCAGAGCCAAACCUGUGGUUAGUGAUGACGAUUCUGAGGAAGAACAGGAAGAGGAGCACUCCCUAAGUGCCACUGAUGACGAGUCCUGAAUUGCACUUUGAUGUGAGAAUGUAAGAGCGAGGUGGGCUACAAAAAUAUAUUCCGCCUGCUCACACAUUUAAAGUACAUCAUAAAUAAAUUAAACCUCCAUGCACCUAUAAACACAAAGGGCAUAAAACACAAGGGAUUGCUAUAAUGCAAAUGAAAAAAUUUGGCCAAGGACUUUAUUAUGGGUGUACCUUUCCUGAAUUGGCUCACUUUUAGCUUUUUAAGCCUUCAUUUUAAUAACAGGUCAGUAAUGAGAUGUGUAUUUACGAGCUGUAGGAAUCAUAUUAAAACUGAGGCGAUCGAAUGAUUGCUUCCUGCCCCUUCCAGUGGAAAUGGAUUGGACAUCUAUUGCUGUCAAUUGAUGUUUUCAAUGUCUAUUUCCCUCUGUUACUAACUACCACAACAUAUACUCUGUAAAUGAGUUAAACUAAUAAUGACUUUUUAAUAGAUUUCCACUGUCCCUGAAAGGUUUAACUGGUAAUCAUUUGAAAGCAUAAUCAUGUUAAAUUCCUGGCCCAAGAAUUCACAGCACAUUAACCCUUCAAUUAUACCCUCCUACCCAGUAUUUCAUACGAAGAUGCCCUAAUUCUGGGUUUCUAAGUGUAUAAAAAAAUAGGUUAUUGGCACUUAGUUAAACCUUCAUGAACUGUUUACAUAAACAGUGAGGAGUCUCUUCUGCUCUGCCCCAAUACUUACUAGCUUUGAAGUUUGAACAUGCCAAAUAGUGAGAAUUGACUUCAUAUGAAACUACAUUUUAUUUUGUCUUCACACGGACUACUGGCAUUUUUUUUUAUUUUUUUUUAUAACUUACAUAGGUGUUCAUAAUAGUGUGUACUAAGUUUACAUUGUUGAAUUUUUUCAUUUGACAGUACUUCUUCUUGAGAACAAGCUAUUAAGCGCUGAGGAAAAAAAUAAGAGUUAAAAAAGGCACAAUAUGGAACAAUUCCAAUGUACAGUAUAUUUAGAUACAAAAUGCUUUGUAUUUAAGGGGUUAAGAUGUAACUAGAUUUUCAAAAAUGAUCUUAUCUGGCCAAAAGAAUUCUGAGACCACUAAAUCCAGUAAACACUGAAUGUAUCCAGAAAAUACUUUCAAACUGCCAAAAAGCAACCACCUUCCUCAGCCUGUGUACAUAAUUUGGUCAAUUAAAAACCAACGUACACUGCUAUAUUUGGGUUGGAUGUUGAGCCUUAAAAACACUUCUCAGAAAUUGUGAAGUGACCAAACGCAGUAUCUUGACAGAUGGUUAAUGGAGGACGCGCUUCACGUACGUAUUUUUGCAUCAAAAUAGCCUUGAUGCUGCUGCUUGCAUGUCUUGUAGCAUUUCAUAGAGUACAUUAAACUCUUGAUCCAACGAAUAUCUUAAACAGCAACUUUUUCUUCCCCUGUAUUUCGUGACUAUAAGUUGUCAAAAAUUUUCCUUGUACUUUUUAUGUUAGUUUUUGAUUUCAAGACAAAGGACCAGAGGGACAUUGGCUCCUCUCUGCUUUGAAUGCCUCAUGGCCAGACAGUGUUGGAUAUUCUGUGUGCAAUUUGUUUUGGUGACUUUUCUUGAGAACUGUACUUCAUUGUAAUUUUGUUAUUUAUGGUAGGUAGUCAAGAACAUGCAGCCAAAGCAUCAACACUUCCAUGUGUGUGUGUUGUGUUGUCGUUGUCACUGGAAAAAACAUUGUAACAAUAAAUUAAGCGUAAAAGUG